CUUUGCCUGCGUCAGAUUUCCAUCAGUGGCCGCCAUGACGUCGACGCGCAAGUUCCGCUGCGAGGACUUGUUCCGGUUCAACAACGUCAACCUCGAUGUGCUGACGGAGACGUACAACAUGUCCUUCUACCUGCAGUACCUCACCAAGUGGCCCGACUACUUUCUCGUGCAGGAGGACCCGAACAAGACCAUGAUGGGCUACAUCAUGGGCAAGGCGGAAGGCAAGGCGGAGAAUUGGCACGGCCAUGUCACGGCGGUGACGGUCGCGCCCGAGUUUCGUCGACUUGGCCUCGCCAAGAACCUCAUGGACUACCUUGAGAACGUCUCUAUUGAGCUGUACGACGGGUACUUUGUCGACCUCUUCGUCCGCGUCUCCAAUACGCUCGCGAUCGGCAUGUACGAGAAGUUUGGGUAUUCUGUCUACCGACGAGUCAUUGGAUACUAUUCUGGAGACGGCGACAUGGAGGACGCCUUCGACAUGCGCAAAGCGCUGCCGCGGGACAAGGAAAAGAAGUCGAUCAUCCCGCUGCCCCAUCCGGUAUACCCCGACAGCUUGAUGGACUAAGCCACGUACUACAAUACAUGGAACGUGUAUUCAACCUCGUCUUAGACACACUCGACUUGGCGCAGCGCGGCGAUUGUGGCUGGUGUUGCGUCUUUGGCUGCGUUUCUUGGCUCGCUGUACGACGGCAGCAACUUGCUUGUUCUUGUCAUCUCGGUGCUCAUGGCUUUGCCGCUUCUUGGGGUCACGUACUUGGCAGCGCGGUACUUGCUCGCCGACGAUAUAGCGUAAGCAUGACUGCAUGGACGUCGAUGCGCGUUUGCUCCUUCUGGAAGUGUCGAUGCCCUUCUUUCUUGUUCGCAAAACGAGGGUUGCAGGCGC